AUCACGGGGAGGGGCCAACAAAGCUCAUAUAACAAUGUGGGGGAACAAUGAACCGGGUCAGACUCAGCGUGUCCAAGAGAGCGUGCGGGGACGCCGGGGGACAAUGGAUCUUGGGUGUUACAGCACACACUAUUUCUACGAUGAGGAUCUGAAGGAGGACUUCUAUCGCUAUAUUGCUCCCAGCGAAGAUAUCUGGAAGAAGUUUGAGCUUGUACCUGGCUGCUCUCCAUCCAAUGCAGGAUGUCUGGGGGGGAGUGGUACUGACUGGGGAUCCGAGAUCAUGGAUUUAGGAUGGGAGUCCCCUGUGAAGCUCUCCAAGCUCAGCUCUGUAGUUCUUUUGAGGGACUGUAUGUGGAGUGGCUUCUCAACCCGUGAACACCUGGAAAAAGUAAUCAAUGAACGUAUUUCAAGUGGCACUUCUUCAAAGCCGACAAGUUCUCCAAAAACGGUUCCAGAGCCUGAAAUCACAGAGACUGAGAGUGGCCCUGCAGAGCCAGCAACACCAGAAGUUAUUGUACCGACAGUCCAUCCUGAAAAGAUUGCCAAUUCGUCUGGAUCGGAGAAUACCAGUGACUCUGAGGAGGAUGAGAUUGAUGUGGUGACUGUGGAAAAGAGGAAUUCUUAUCGUGGCCGUCAACCUGUUACCAUCACGGUUCGCGCUGACCCACUGGAUACUGCCACAAAACUUUUUCACAUCUCUAUCCACCAACAGCAACAUAACUAUGCGGCACGACUUCCUCCAGAACCCAGCCCUACCUCUCCUCCCCCACCUUCUCCAUCCCCUUCUGUGGAAGAGGAGCCUGGAGAAAUAAGCUGCUCCUCGGUACAACCCUGCAGUCCACUUGACUUGGGGUCCCCACCACCAUCUGGUGGUUCAGACAGUGAGGAUCUAGUGAAAAGAAAAAAUCACAAUUACAUGGAACGUAAAAGAAGAAAUGAUUUGCGUUCUCGGUUCUUGGCCCUUAGAGAGGAAGUACCUGGUCUUGCUCGUGCUUCCAAAACACCUAAAGUAGUAGUGCUGAGCAAAGCAACGCAUUAUUUGCGAGGCUUGAUUAGUGACGAGGAAAGGCUCGUGGUCGAGAAAACGAAGCUUCGAUCUCGUCACCAACUACUUUUGAAAAAACUCUCCAAGCUGAAAAGUCGUUGAAAUGGACACUCGUUAGAAGUCUGCCUGGCACAUUUGCACAUUUGAGGGAGUUGUGUCUUGGGAUUGCACAGAAGUGAGAUUAUCACUUUGAGUUGGUGUGCUCUAUAGAGCACAAGUGGGGAAAGGGCUUGUCCUGUUUCAGGUGUUUUUUAUUUUAUUUUGUUUUUUCCCUGGGUCCUCAGGUUAUACAAAUGAUUUUUGUUCUCUCUAGUUGGCAAAAGUUCAUUUUUUACUGAUGGUUUUCUGCCCACCACAAGACUUUGUGUACAGCUUUCAUUUUUAUAGGCUGAGCCCGCAGGCAAGAACAUGGGGGUAACACCUUGGAUUUCUGUGAUUCUAGACAUUAUAAUGUAAAGCCCUACUCCAGCCACCUCAUUUUUUGUUUUGGAAAGGGUGGGAAAGGGUUACGAUUGGUCAGGUUUUUUUAUUUUUUUUAUUGUGGUCUCUGUCCUCUUUGGGGGAGAUUCACUGAUUCCUGUCCUGGUGAUACCGUGAUGCAGAAACUGGCAGUUUCUCUAUUGGGGUAAUGGACAGCAACAAACCAGUUGUCUUGGUUUAGACCAUGUUGAGUUUAACUGCUGUCUUCCUGUCCCAAGACCCAUUUCCACUCAUUCCAGUCUUGGAUUUGUUAGACGGCUGGCAAUUUAAAAAUGCCAACCGAAGGUCAAACUCGUACCUUGCUCUAGCCAAACUGAAGGUUCUAGCUGGAGAUGGGCUCUUACUUUGCAUAACCCCUCGUCUAAUUAUUUCUGUAAUGCACUUUAUGCACUUGGCAUUGCCAGAUCUUGUAUGGGGCCUUUUGCUUUCCUCUUGCAAAACUGUUUAAAUGUUUGUUAGUCAACAAAAAGGGUUCUUAUUGAACAUCUCUUUAGUGAUUCCUUUUGCUGGUAGUAGUGUAAUGCUACUAAAUGAAUCUGCUCAUAUAAAGUUGUUUAAAGACUACUUGUAGACCAGAAGGACUGCCACAUUGUCAAAGAACAUUGGGACUGUCUGGUGUGAACCACUCUAUACCUCACUCUCGUCACUUUACACUGGUUUGUCUGUUUUUGUGAUUGUUUUUGUAUUUUUCUUUGAACCUGCUGCUUGCUGGAUUUUGUACUGAAUGACAAAUUUAUACUGUAUUUUUGUAUACCUUUUUUGAGCAAAAUUUCAGAUUUAUUAAAUCCCGAUGUUGGCAAUUUAAAUCCAAUGACCUCUGCUGUAUGUAAUUGUCUGUCCUGAAUCCUGCCCAUCCUGUGCAAUGAUAAACCAGGGAUCCAUAGAUUCCUUUUCCAGUUAAAUGCUCUUGGAUAUUCAUGAUUGAACUUUGUUUUGACACUUAAGAAUAAUCAUGAAUGUCCCAUAUGUGACCUAUUGAUGGAGCACGUUUUUUUUUUUUUUAUAUAGCACCUGCCUUUUGGCAGAUUAUCUGUAAUGAAGCAUGUCAUGUAGCAAAGAUGCAUGGAUUUGCAUAUGAUGGGUAUAAGGGCACCUCUUGCCUUUAAAAGAACAUGGACGCUGCUGUAGUAUCUGAAGGUGACAAUUGGUAAUGUUCAAAUGUUUUUUUGUGGCGCAAAAUAUACACACCACAAACACUAAUAAAGCAAAAUUUCAACCUGCAAA